AUGAACGAUACAUCUCAUACUAAUGAAUUGAUACAUUUACGACAACAUAUCAUAUCACAAUGUGUUUGGAGUGAUACAUAUAGUUCAUUAAAACAUAUUCUUAAACGAACAGCAAAUCAAUUACCAUUACUUGUAUCAUUUACUAAAGAUAAUGAUGAACAAGAUACACCAAAUAAUGAUCAAAUUGAACAACCAAUAUUUUUCUUUGAUAGAACUGUUUCAAAUAAAAUUUUAUAUACACCAUUAAGACAAUCAUCAAAUGAUCCGGAUAAUCAAUUUGAAGUUUAUCCACAUCAUUGUACUUUUGCUACAACAGAAUUAUUUAAAGGUUUAUUUGAAUUUGUUAUAAAUGGACAACGUUCUAGUCGAAUAUUUACAAAACUAGAACAAUUAGUGAAAUAUGCAACAACUAAUAAACAUUCCGUUGUAUUUAUGUCAAGAGAUCGAGUACAAUGUUAUUAUCUUGAACCAAAUUCUUCGAAAUGGAAAAGUAAACAAUAUCCACAAGGUUCAUUUUUUCAUGCUCAACGUAUUCAUCGUCCAUCCGACUCAACAAAUAAUAGCAGCAAUCAAAAAAUGAAUAAUCAUUAUCUCGAAUGUUUAGAUGAAGAAGGUUAUAAUAUAUUUCUAAAAAUGAAUACAACUGGUCGUUUCUCACUCAUUGCUACAUCACCCGAUCAACAACAAAAACAACCCGAAAUAUUUCUUCAUUCUACUCAAACAACAAAUAUUGGUCAAUUAAUAAAAACUUUAACAUUUCAUAAUAAUAAUAAUUGUAUACGUCUUGUUCGUGGUUCAGUUCCACAUAAUUUUCAAUGUCAAUAUUUACAAUUAGUACGACAACAUACACAUGAUGUAUUAGUUGGUUUAACAGAAGAAAAUCUUGUUAUUGAAUGGAAUUUAGAAAGUCAUGCACCAUGUCGAUAUGCAAUUAAUUUAAAUGAUAUUCUUAAUAAAUUAUCUGGAACAUCAGAAGAACAAUUACUUGAAAGUUAUAUGGAUGAUGCACGAACAAAUUAUCGAGAACAUUUUCAAUAUGAUAUGCAACUUAUUUCAACAAAAGACUGGGCAGCAUUUUUUCAAUAUUGGAAAUGGACAGGUGAUAUUCAUCAAACAGAUAAACAAGAAAAAAAUAUACCUUAUCAAAGUCGUCAUCGAUUUCAUCUCGUUGCUUCGAUACAAGAUCUUUCCAAUGAUCCAGAAACACUUUCUUCUGAAUUUACAAAUAAUAUUCAUCAAAAUUAUCGUCGUCGAAAUUCUCAAUUAUUCAGUGAAAAUCAGCAUAAACAUAUGAAAAAACCAUUAACUAAUAAACAACGAUUAUUUUUAUCGGAAAUGUCUAAACUUCUAUCAACAUCACAUCGUCAUAGAAAAGAACGAAUGUCAUUACCAAGUACAAAACCACAAAAAUUGUUAAUAACCAAUAAUGAAACACCUUUUGAUGAUAGUAUAUAUGAUUCAAAUCAACAUCCACAACCGACAAUAACUAUUACUAAAACUAAUUCAACAAAACAUAAUGCCCGACGAACACAAUGA